AUGACGGGACGCGGCAAAGGAGGAAAAGGACUUGUCAAAGGAGGCGCCAAACGUCAUCGUAAAGUGUUGCGUGAUAACAUCCAAGGAAUAACCAAACCUGCCAUUCGUCGGUUGGCUCGCCGUGGAGGAGUGAAGCGUAUCUCCGGUUUGAUCUACGAAGAAACACGUGGCGUCUUGAAAGUGUUCCUGGAAAACAUAAUCCGCGACGCCGUCACGUACACCGAACACGCCAAGAGGAAAACGGUCACCGCCAUGGACGUCGUUUACGCGCUAAAACGUCAAGGCCUCUUCUUUGGCAAGAGCACAGCUUGGAUGUUGGGCAACACCCCACCUUGGGCAAUGGUCACUCCGGACAAUAGUUUGUUCAACUCCUCGUCAUUCCUGAUGGCCAAUUGCAAAUGCCUAGGGAUGAUGCGAGAUUUCUUGUUGUCACGGGCGGCGUUACCGGCCAACUCCAAAACUUCGGCUGCCAAGUACUCCAUGACGGCGGCCAGUGCUUUUUGGGCAUUUGACGUGAGGGUGGCUACUGCACGGUUUAUGUCGUCACGAGUAUUUAUUGGUGGUAAUUUACCCUUGGAGAUAGUUUCUAGAGUGUCGCUAAAUUUUUUCCAGUUUAUUCUGUUUGCGGCGGUUGGAGAUGAAGAAGUUAUUGGAGAGUCAUUAAUUAGCAGAAGAACUGGAUUAUGGUCGGAUGACAGUUCAUUUAAUGAUGUAGAUGAUAUUGAUAGGUGUGGAAGUUUGACCAGGGCAAUAUCGAGUACAUCUGGGCGUCGAGAUGUUGAGUUGGGACAGUUUGUAGAGGAGGCCGACGUGCCAGACCCGGUCGAAGGCUUUUUCCACGUCAAGGAAAAUGGAGGCGGUGUUAACGUUUUUGUUAAAGUUCUGACUAAGUUGUUAUCAAACGGUUACGAGAUGGCACGUACCAAGCAAACUGCCCGCAAGUCGACCGGAGGAAAGGCGCCCAGGAAGCAGCUGGCCACUAAAGCCGCACGUAAGAGCGCACCCGCCACCGGAGGAGUGAAGAAGCCACAUCGUUACCGUCCCGGAACCGUCGCCCUCCGUGAAAUCCGUCGUUACCAGAAGAGCACGGAACUGUUGAUCCGCAAAUUGCCGUUCCAACGUCUGGUGCGUGAGAUAGCCCAGGAUUUCAAGACCGACCUACGUUUCCAGAGCUCCGCCGUCAUGGCUCUGCAAGAAGCUAGCGAGGCUUACCUGGUCGGUCUGUUCGAAGACACCAAUCUUCACACUCAACUAAACAUGACGGGACGCGGCAAAGGAGGAAAAGGUCUUGGCAAAGGAGGCGCCAAACGUCAUCGUAAGGUGUUGCGUGAUAACAUCCAAGGGAUAACCAAGCCCGCCAUUCGUCGGUUAGCUCGCCGUGGUGGAGUGAAACGUAUUUCUGGUUUGAUCUACGAAGAAACACGGGGUGUGUUGAAAGUGUUCCUGGAAAACGUAAUCCGCGACGCCGUCACAUACACCGAACACGCUAAAAGGAAGACAGUCACCGCCAUGGACGUCGUCUACGCCUUGAAGCGACAAGGUCGUACUUUGUAUGGUUUCGGUGGUUAAGAAGAAUAACUAUUACGGCAUGUGUCAAAUUCUGCGCAAAACUCGCUCUAUCAUCUUAAAAAGGCCCUUUUCAGG